UUUAAACUCUUGUUGAAAUCUGAUUGGGUGGAAGUCACGCCCCCCCAGUUGGUCACGUGGUGGGAGAGUGACGUUAUAAACAGUGUUUACUCAGAGAGUAAAAAUAAAGCAGAAAGUCGGAGAGAAAGGCUUUAAAUCAGCAACUAAAUGGCCGCGGAGGUGGAGGCAUGGAACUGUGCAGCUCAGGGCGAUGGUGUGUUCUCAGUUGGGACAGAGGUGGGUGAGGCUUCAGAGAACAUGUAUGAUGAUGAUCUGAUUGAUGGUGAGGUGAAUGGUAACUGGACUCCACAGGAAAAGGCUAUUCAUGAGGCACGACUCAAAGCAAAGGCUAAACGUCGCCUCAGAAAGUCAUCAUCCUCCCGUGACUCCACCCGUGAAUCUCUGUCCGAGUGUGUGAGUGGAGAUGUGCCUGACCCUCUUAGCCCUAAGGGAAAAACACAAACACAUGACAGGAAGUCUCGCAUGGGGAAAGGAAGAGGAUUGCCAAAGAAAGGUGGAGCUGGGGUAGGGUGUGUGGGAGCUGCUGGUUUGGUGUAUGAAAUGGAGGAACCAGAUUGUAAAGAUCCAAACUAUGAUGAGUCUGCACAGGGUGACACAGUGUAUGCCACAGUGGUUCCUGAACUGGAGGAAGGAGAGCUGGAGAAGGUGAUGAAUCCUAUUAUACAGGAGUACUUUGAGCAUGGAGACACCAAAGAAGUGGAGAUGCUCUUGAAGGAGCUGGACCUGGGACCACGCCAGUGUGUGUUCCCGUCUCUGGCUGUGUGUUUGUCUCUGGAGUGUAAAGCCAGUCAGCGCGAGCUCACGUCCCGCCUGUUGUCUGACCUAAUCGCAAAACAAGUCCUUAAUGAGGGUGACAUGACUACUGCCUUCAACCACAUUCUCGCACAGCUGCCAGAGCUUAUUUUGGAUACACCUGAAGCUCCACAGAUGCUGGGGCAGUUUAUUGCCCGAGCCAUUGCUGACCAUGCCCUGGGGAUGAAUUUCCUGGACCAGUACAAAGGAAAAGUGGAUUGUGAGCAUGCUCGGGCGGCUCUGGAUCGAGCAUCAGUCAUGUUGUCCAUGAAGAGUGAGAUUGUGCGAUUGGAUAACGUGUGGGGAGUGGGUGGUGGUCAAAGACCUGUAAAACUCCUUGUCAAAGAGAUGAAUUUGCUUUUAAAGGAAUACCUGGUCUCAGGUGAGCUGUUGGAGGCGGAUCAUUGCCUGCGUGACCUCGAGGUUCCACACUUUCACCAUGAACUGGUCUAUGAGGCAGUGUUGAUGGUGUUGGAGUCUAAUGGAGAUGCAGCAAUUCAGUCGAUGGUGAAACUGUUGCAGUCUUUUGGAAAGUCUGGACUCAUCACACUGGACCAGAUGAACCGGGGCUUUCAGCGUGUGUAUGAUGAGCUGCCGGAGAUCAGCCUGGAUGUUCCUCAUGCUCACUCCAUCUUGGAAACGUUUGUGGAUGUUUGUCAUCAGCAAUUGGUCAUCACCAAGCAGCUCAGAGAUGCCUGUCCUUCAAGGGGGAGAAAGCGCUUUGUGAGUGAAGGAGAUGGAGGGAUCAUUAAGAGCUAAUGGUGGAGCAGAGUGAAAGAACACACAUCCACACAGAGUAAAGUUUUAAAUGGUAAUGUAAGGAUUUGUGCGGAGCCUCACACAGUUAAUUUCCAUGUAAAUAAAUGAAGCACGUAAAUAUACACACACGCACACACUUUUUGUUAUCUGAAGUUGCAAAAUUAUUGUGCUCAUUAUUGUGCUUAUACUCAGGCAUGUUACUGUGUGUGUGAGAGAGAGAGAGAGGGAAUUAAAGCUUUUUUGAUCUCUGCAUUAAACUCUCACAUUUUCACUCUGUACUACAAAAAGAAAAAAAAAUAAAGAUUUUUUGCAUUUUC